AUGGAUGCGUUUUCGCUCAACAUCUCUGCUUCUAGCGGUGUGCGCAAGCCUGGUAAGCAGAAAAAUACCUUUCGCGCUAAGAAAUUGGCCAGGCGUGCCAAGGUAAAAGCAAAAAAGCUAGGAAAUGUGACUCAAAAGCCAUCCCACCACCAAUUCGGACAACGUCGUAAUAACUACCCGCGCAAUGAAUCAAAUCAUAUGGAAGUAGAGACUCGCAAAAUACAAACGGUACUUGAUGCACCUAAGGUCAAAAUUAACCCUUAUGAAUCUGCGGAAGCGAUAGAAGAUAUGCCGAUGAAACAGGAAGAGCCUGACGCAAUGAGCGAUGUAUCGAAAAAGGAGGUAGAAGUGCUAGUAGAAACCCAAGUUAAUGUUGAAUGCGAUCCAGUUGCAACAGAAUCGAUACAAUCGAAGAAUAAUAAGUCGUUUGGCACGCGUCGCAAUCCUAACAAACAGGACUAUAAUUUAUCGAAGUUCACUCAGCCUCGUGUCCAGAUUGAUAAUGAAUUGUCCAAACCGUUGAUAUCAUCAUCAAGUGAUAGGAUUUUUGCAGCCAACACGUUCGAGUCGAUGCAAAUGGCAGAAAAAUUGGUGAAUGUGCUUAAAAAGGAUACAGAGAGUGGUGGCUUUGGUUUUGCACGGCCAACCUAUGUGCAGGUGCAAACAAUACCAUCAGUGCUUAACGGCAAUGACGUACUGGUCAAAAGUGAAACAGGAUCUGGAAAAACACUUGCGUAUCUGUUACCGAUUGUUCAAAAACUUCAAGCAGUGUUGCCGAAAAUUCAGCGACAAGAUGGCUGCAUGGCGCUGGUCUUGGCGCCAACUCGUGAGUUGUGUACGCAGAUUUUAGAGACGGCUAAUCGACUUAUUCAGCCGUUUGUGUACCUCGUGCCUGGUGCCAUAAUCGGUGGCGAGAAGAAGAAAGCAGAAAAGGCACGACUUCGUAAGGGUAUCACGAUUUUGAUCGCUACUCCUGGUCGUUUAGCAGACCAUCUUGUGAACACCCAAUCAUUUAACUACUCUCGUCUGCAAUUUCUAGUGCUUGACGAAGCAGAUCGUCUAUUGGAUAUGGGCUUUGAGAAGCAGCUUACUCAAAUUUUGACCAUUCUGGACGCCAAAACGCAGUCGCAAAAGCGGCAGAACCUUUUAGUAUCUGCCACUGUUAGUAGUGGCGUGGAGCAGCUCGCCAAGAUGAGUUUGUCUAAUGCUGUGUUUAUCGAUGCCGACGUAAUUAGUAGCGGUGUUGAUGUCCCAUCUCCAACCAAGGCGUCAAGUCAAGACAAGUUUUCGACUCCGCAUCAAUUAGUGCAACAUUUCAUGCUCGUGCCGGCAAAAACACGAUUGUGUGCACUAACUUGUUUUUUGCGAGAGGAACUGCGCUAUACCUCUCAAGGUUCAAUAAGGAGUGCUUCGGACAAAUGCAAAAUUGUUGUAUUUUUGUCAACUUGUGACGCUGUGGACUUUCACCACGCUCUAUUUCGAAAGUGUGCUUGGCCAUCGGGAAAGGGAUCACCGGAAGAAUCCGAGAACAGCGCAGGCAAUGACUCUGCGUCGCUCUUUGGCAGUCAGGGUCCUGUCUUUCGUCUGCAUGGAAACAUACCCCAACAGAAGCGUGUGGCUACUUUUAAAACCUUCUGCUCUUCCACAUCCGGCAUACUGCUGUGCACUGAUGUUGCAGCACGUGGUUUAAAUUUGCCGACGGUCAAGUGGAUUGUACAGUAUGAUCCACCCACUGAAACUCGUGACUACGUGCAUCGUGUUGGUCGUACAGCUCGAAGUGGAAACCAAGGAAGCAGUCUUUUGUUUUUGAUGCCUUCCGAGUCAGAUUAUCUCAACUAUCUGAGCAAACAAGGAUUAAAGUUAAAUGCUUUGAGUCUGGAAAAGACUGUCGCACGGGUUGGAAAACAUGGGGGAUUUUUGACUACUCGCAAAAAACUGCUCCAUGAGGUUGUACAGAGUGAUCUACAAUUUUUAUUUGAGCAGACACUUCUAGCAGACAAAGAUCUCUUUGAAUUGGCAUGUCAAGCGUUCCACUCGUUUGUUCGUAGUUACGCUACACACUCGUCCGAUACACGAAACAUUUUCCACGUCCGUAGUCUGCACUUUGGUCACGUUGCCAAAAGUUUUGCAUUGCGUGACCCACCUGCGUCUUCAAAAUUGCGUGAAACAGGGCGAAACGCAAAAAAGGGUUCGCUACAGAAGCGCAAGGAACGUGAUGACAAGCAACAGGCCGUGAUUGCGAAAAAGCAAAGGAAGUUGCGUGAUAAGAAGCGUCACUAUGCACAUAAUGUCUCGGAAUUUGCUGACUAG